UUUACCGAUAUACCUAUAUCAGCCGCUACACUUAAAGGUCUUCAAGCAGCCAAAUAUACAAAACUAACACCUAUACAAGCUUUAUCACUUCCUAGAGCUUUGAUGGGUAAAGAUGUACUGGGAGCAGCACGUACUGGAUCAGGAAAAACUUUGGCAUUUUUAAUACCAGUCUUGGAAAUGUUAUACCGAUCAAAAUGGGGUCAUAUGGAUGGUUUAGGUGCAUUAGUUAUUAGUCCCACAAGAGAAUUAGCAGUUCAAAUUUUUGAAGUUUUAAGAAGUAUUGGAAAAUUUCAUUCAUUUAGUGCUGGUUUAGUUAUUGGUGGAAAAAGUUUAGAAGAUGAAAGAGAAAGAUUAAGUAAAAUGAAUAUUUUGAUUGCUACGCCUGGUAGAUUACAACAACAUUUAGAACAAACUACUGGAUUUGAUUGUGAUAAUUUACAAGUCUUAGUGUUGGAUGAAGCAGAUCGAAUUCUUGAUAUGGGAUUCUCAAACUCGAUCAACGCAAUCAUCUCUAGUUUACCAGCUUCACGUCAAACCUUAUUGUUUUCUGCCACACAAACCAAAUCGGUCAAAGACCUUGCUCGACUAUCUUUAAGCGAGGACCCGGAGUACGUAGCGGCUCGUGAGACAGGGGUUGAUAGAGAUCUGACAACACCUAAAGAGCUACAUCAAAGCUAUAUGGUCAUCGAUCUUCAGUCUAAAAUGGAUUAUCUUUGGACAUUCUUGAAAACACAUUUAAAGAACAAAAUGAUUGUAUUCCUAAGUAGCUGUAAACAGGUACGAUUUGUUUACGAAACCUUUAGACACAUGCGUCCUGGAAUGCCACUAUUACACCUCCAUGGAAAACAAAAGCAAACCAAACGAUUAGAGAUAUACGAAAGAUUUUCAAGUUCACCAGAAGCAUGUCUUUUUGCUACCGAUAUUGCAGCAAGAGGCUUAGAUUUUCCAUCGAUCGAUUGGGUAGUUCAAGCAGAUUGUCCAGAAGAUUUAGAUACAUAUGUACAUAGAGUAGGUAGAACAGCAAGAUAUCAAAGUGGAGGGAAAGCAUUGAUAUUUUUAUUACCAUCAGAAGAAGAAGGCAUGGUAAGUAAAUGGGAAGAAAGAGGAAUCGAAGUGAAGAAAGUGAAACCGAAUGAUUCUAGAAAACAAACUAUACAACAUAAACUUCAAGCUCAAAUGUUUAAAUUUCCAGAUAUUAAAUUUUUAGGACAAAGAGCAUUUAUUUCAUAUGUUAGAUCGAUUUAUUUACAAAGGAAUAAAAAGAUUUUCAAAUUAGAUCAACUCGAUUUAACUGCUUUUGCUGAAUCAUUAGGUUUACCUGGAGCUCCUCAAGUUAAACUUACGGGACAAGGGAAUGGUGGAUUUGCAGGUGGGACGGGCGAGAGCGCCAAAGCGAAAAAGAAUGCACCUAGGACUGAAAGUUCAGAUUCCAGUGAUCAAGAGUCAUCAAAGUCAGUAUCACGGAAGGAGUCUAAAACGACAGAAGCCAGUAAACCUGCAGUUCGAACUAAAUAUGAUCGAAUGUUCAAUCGAAAAAAUCAAGACAUUCUUUCACAUCAUUAUAACAAGGUGAUUGAUCGAGAAAAUGAUCAAUCUGAAGAAGAUGAUGAUGAUGAAUUCAUUAAAGUUAAACGAGUAGAUCACGAAUUAGAUCAAGCAGAGGCAGCUAUACCAGAUUCAGCAUAUUUAUCUAAACGAAAACUUAAACUAGCUACAUCUAAAAAAGCCAUUGCAAUGUCAGGUAUAGGAUUAGGUAAAAAGAUAAGAUUUGAUGAAACAGGUGAAGGUCAUGAUGCAUAUAAGAUUUUAGGAGAAGAAGAAUUUCUUGAAAGUCAUAAUGUUAAUGAUGAGAUUAAACAGUUCGUGAAUAGAGAAAGUCAAAAGAUUAAAGAAGUCGAUCAGAAAGAUAGGUUAGUUGAAAAAGAUAAAAAGCUUGAAAAGAAACGUAAAAGGAAAACUAAUCAAGAGAUCGUAAGUCCAUCUCUAUAUAUACUUGAUCUAUUUUAG